GCGUCUGUUUAACGACACUAAAUGUGAAAGCGUUAAAGGCCGACGGAAGCUUUGAAGAUGCUGACCAAGUCAAUGAAUUUAUAACAAUGAGUUUUAGCUCCAGCCAUCCCUAUGAUUUAAGGCAGACAAUUCCAGGUGAACCAGAAAUCGAUUAUCCAAUUUACAGUGCAGUUCCGACUACAAAUUUUGAUUGUAAUGGUCGUCAUGAAGGUUAUUAUGCUGAUACCGAAGCUAGAUGCCAAGUUUUCCGAAUCUGUGCCAAUACUGAUCUUGUCGGAAGAGGUUUUGCAUUCCUUUGUCCAAAUGGAACACUCUUUAGUCAAAAGAAUUUCGUCUGCGAUUGGUACAGAAAUGUUGACUGCAAUGAAAGUGAACGAUUUUAUAGUAAAAAUGAUAAUAACCGAAUUGGUACAAAAAGCGAUAUGAUGAAAACCGUUCGACAAAUGAUGGAACACCCAAUGAAAACAAUAAGUAUAGCUUUGAAUCGUGGUAAGUCGACAACACCACAACCUGCACUGUACUCAAAACUUGGAACGAGUUCGGGAACAAAGACUCCAAGAAACGUCCAAACAAGUACUACGCCUGCAAACAGACUUCCUAUUCAAGAUAAUUUCCACCAAGAAAAGCAGUCAAUAGCUCAGAACCAAGGUGAAAUUGAUUUAAGAUUCUCUCCAUCGCUGGAGGAUUCUCCUACAAUUGGACAAAAAAUAGAAAUUACCUCACCUUCGGAAGGAGGAUUUAAACCAUUGAAUGUGGGUUCUUCAAGCAUAACACCACCCUCACCAACAUUUACCCCACCUUUUGAAUCACCAUUAAUCGCACCAUAUGAAGGUCCUUUGUCUUCUAAUGAUGCCUCUUUCGAAACUUAUAAUUCUGCUACACAAGGUGAAUCACUAUUACCAUCGACCGAAGAAAGUGGCAGUGAAAAUGAAGUUUACAUCUCGAGUCUUGGUGAACUUUCAACAGAUCCUGGAGCUAAUUUCAAUCGACAAACUUCUCGUAUAAUUUCUGAUCCACCCUCAAAUGAACUCGAUAUCAGCGAAACAAAAGUUGUGAACGCAAGUGGUUUGAACUUUGCCGAAAAAGUUAAUGCUGGCUUAAAUGGAUUAGAAGUUUUAAAUAACGAUGGAAUUAUAGCACCCGAAUAUGUUAAGAAUAUAAUGCAACAACAAAAUGUUGCAGUUGCAGAUGAAAUUAUUCAACCAGUACCAUUUGAUUUUGCUUCGAACAUCAAUAGUUUAUUGGAUGAAGUAACUUAUGAGGCCGAAUUGGAAGGUCCACAUUCUGUACAAUUUCAACAACAAAAUUCACCAAUAGAAACAAGUGCACCCACAAAGAAGCCAUUCCGAUUUUUAAGUCGUGGAUUUUCACAUGAAAAUUCUAAAGAUGGUGAAACUUAUGCGUAUAGAUCGACAUCAGCUCCGAGAAGCUCAUACCGUACAACACAGCAUUCUACAUCCACACAAUCAUUAAGUAAUUCAUUGAUCACAACAUUAUUAACUACUACUCAAACUCCAGUUACAUCAACAGAAUCUUCUCAAAUUUUAACAUUAGAAAAUGCUUCAGAAAAUCCACAAAUUGAAUCCUCGGAUGAGUUGAAUAUUAAAUUCGGAGCUCCAUUUACUGAAUCCAAUCAAAUCAAUACUUUAGUAGAUCAAGAAAAUAGGUCUGAAACUGUUCAAGAUGAUAGAAUAACCGAAUCCCAAAUUUCAAAUACACCUGCAUUUGAUUUGGAGUCCAAACCAGCAGUUAAAAGAGAACAAAAAGAACUGAAACAAUUAGACUCUGUUGGUUUUGUGACAAAUCCCUCCCCAGUACUUAAUAACGAAGUUAAGACUGAUUCUGAAUUGGAGUCAACACUUCACUCUAAACCAGCUGUUAAAAGAGAACAAAAAGAAUUGAAACAAUUAGAUUCAGUUAAUUCUUUAAAAGACACUUCUACAGAAGCUAAUGAUGAGGAUAAAGUCGAUGCAAAUAAACGAGCUGAAGACUUGCUUCUUGCCGGUGUCAAACAAAUCACUGUUAAUGAUUCUGAUGAUGAAAAAAGUAAAACCAAAGAAGAUGAAUCCAUUGUUCCAAUUUAUAAUCGAGUUGUAGAACCUCAAACUUCAACUCCACACAUAACUUCAUCUUCAAGCACUGCUGCAACUCCAACAUCUUCUACCUCAAGUUCAUCAUCAACACCGGCAGCUGUGUCUUCUACAACAACUGAUAUUCCAAGUACUUCCUCAUCAACAACUACUGCAACUUCGACAGAAUUUUCAACUACUUCUGAACCUACAACUACAGCGGCAGUUUCAAUUCGUAGGUUUACAGUAGGUAGCGGUAAACGUCGCUUAACUUCUAGACCUAUUUCUUAUUCGAGAAGAAAUAACUUGCCACGGUCUGGUCAAAAAACCACUGUAACUCCAAAAUCAUCAACUACUACAUCUGCACCAGCCUACAGAGGACGACUUGGCCAUAGAUCGACUUCAACAACACCUGCAUCAAGCACAACAAGGACUACAAAAUCGCCUCGCAAACGUCUCAAUAUCAACCGAGUUACUUAUGGAUCCCGUAGACGAACAACUGAAUCAUUAGUUUCCACAACUUCAACAACAACGAUAACUCCUCCAAGCAAGAAAUUAACCGUCCGAAGUUCGGAUUCAGCAUUUUCAGACCUUACUGCUGUUGCCAGUACAUACAAUGCCUCACCAAAUCGUGCAUAUAACUCAAUUCGUCAGGGUUCUUACAAGUAUUCUCAAACCAAACGACGACUUCCCAUACAUCACAAAAAUAAAACCAUCGAAACCACAACCAUUAAACCAUUAUCAAAAACUUCUACCACACAGCAACCAAGAAGUACAUCUUCAUUACCAACUCCUACUUUAGCUCCAUUUUCACAGCAUGAAGCUCUCUCUCCCAUACCUAUUACAUCAUCGACGACGCCGGAGCCCUUACCGGCUACAUUCCUUUCAUUUAAUGAUCUUACUAAAUCCAUUACUGACGAUUCAAUUUUACAGACUUUAAGGAAGAAACAAGACUUCAACAGACAAUUAGUUGACUCGACAGCAUUUAGAACCCUCCAGCAAGGUUCACCUAGACAACAAAUUCCCUUCUCCACUGCGCCAAGAAUUCAACAAGUUUUAUCAACGCAAAGACCUCCCCUUAAAGUAGCAACAACUCUGCCAUUCAUUCCAUUGAAAGAUUUUAUUGCUAGUAAAUUUGGAGCUCAAUACAGUCCAGAACCUCCAAAACUAUCAACCACAAGACCGUCCCUAAUCACACCAAACAUUAAUAAUGAUUUUGCACCGAAAAUACAAACAAAAACAGUUUUCAAACAGCAGUAUUCAAACCAAGAAUCCGUCAGAAGUCAGGAGUUUGCACCCCAAAUUAAUCAAGUUGUCAAAUUAUCUCCAUCUGUCCUCAGUCCAUUGAAUCAAAAUGUUUUUCUACAACAAUCCCAAUUGAAUGUUCAACAACAACAGUAUCAGGAACAACAGCUUAGACUACAACAACAACAACAGCAACAAAAACUUCAACAACUUAAACAACAACAAAAUCAUCUACAACAGGAAUAUCAACUUCAACAACAGCAAAAGCUCCAACAGCAACAACAACAACAAAAAAUCCAACAACAAUUACUUCAACAACAACAACAACAAAACCUUCAUCAACAACAAUCUCCACCACAGCAGUAUUUUUCAUCUAACCAACAACAAAUCUUUCCAACUCAACAAUACACUCAACUCCAACAGACUGUUCAACAACAACAAUCUCAGCAACAAAGAAUUCCAUUUCAACAACAAGUUUCAACCAAAAUAAUUCCAUCAGUCGAACAACAAUUCGAAAUCCAACGAAGCCAACAAUUACAACAACCAAUUACUCUAACACCCCAACAACAACUACAACAAGCUCAAAUCCAGAUCAUACCAUCUCAGAUGACCAUGUCCCAAACAAUUCGUCCACAACAAUCAUCAAAUUCCAAUGUCAAAUCUGAAAUAGGCUCUAUCAAUGUCCGUUUGCCAAGCAAUCUAGCUGGCUUAAUACCAAAUACAAAUAUCUUUGAUUCGGAUAGAAAUAGCAACUCACUUGAAAGUGCUCAGAGACGAAGUGAUUUGGCCUUUGAAGAUACAUAUGGUGGUGGAGCUCGGGAGAGAAAGUCUGUAUUUGCGGGUGUUAGUUCAUAUGACGUGCCAUUAAGUAGUGUUGGUCGAUUGGCAAAUGAUGUAACUCAUUUGCUGCGACAACGAAGACUUUAAAAUUAUAUUUUCAGUAAAAUCAUAAUUUUAAUUAAUUUAAUAAUGAAAUAAUUUAAAAUUAAAUUUAAGUGAAAAAAAAAAAUGUGUAAAAGAAGAAUUUAUCGAGAGAGUAUCUUGUCAUGUCCAUAAAUAAUAAUUGUUAUUCCUCAGUUCACUUGUGAAUUUUUUUAUAUUUUUAAGAGCUAAAUUAUGUUUGCU